AUGGCAGAAAAAGUCUUAGAGAAGUUAGGUAUCCUGGAUGAUCAGGCAAAGACACUCUUGGCCCAAAGAGAAAAGAUAAACAAGCUUCAGAGUGGAGGAAGGAAAAAGUCUUUGAUUACUCCUCUGACAUUCAAUUUUCAGUUGGAAUUUGAAGAGCCUAUUGCUAAAUCUGCACUUAAGACAGGAUCAAGGAUUACAGAGGCUAAAUCUUAUGACAUUGAAAAACAAAAAAGGUGUAUCACCUUCAAAAGUGAUCCUGAACAUACAAACAAACAUUUUGAAAACUCAAAUUUAAGACUAUGCUUUAAUCCAACAAAUGCAAAAAUACAAGAAAAUAAAUCAAUAGCUCAAACCAAAAAUAAAUCUACAGUAACAUUUGAUUCUGUCGGCCAUUCAGAAGAUUUUAUAAAUGAAAGAAAACUACCUCCCUUACAGAUGAAUGAUUUUAGUAUAGAAGAAAGUAAAUCGAUCAGAGAUUAUCAAUUAAGUGAGCAUUGUUCAGUAAAAAAGAAAACCUUGCUUCCCUUGUGCUUUGAAGAUGAAUUGAAAAUGCCAAAUGCCAAGAUAAUUGACAUUAAUUCACCAAAGACAGCAAUUUCUCACAUGGAACAAAAUUAUACAAAUCCUAUAAUUUUCCAUGAGGCAGAAUAUGUACAAAUGUUACUUUUGACAAAAAAAAAGUUUCCUCCUCAUCUUAUGGGAAAUGAAAACAUUUACUCUCAUAAAAGAACAAAUAUUGUUUUAGAAAGAAAUCGUGGAAUUCUCAAAUCUUUAAUCCAUGAUCAAUCUAUUACUCCUUCCAAUCUCAAAAUGACUACAGCAUGGAGGGAAAAUAUGAAAACACCACGUUUUGAAGUGAAAUGCAGAGUUGUAGAGGAUAAACCAAAGAGGAAAACUAAUAAGCAGAUAUUAGAAAAGAGAUGUCAGAAUAAAGCCUAUAACUUCUCACAGAUACUUUCCAGCCUAACAAAUAAAUUUGUGGGUGUCCCUGAUAAAACUGUUAUUCAAGAAAUGAGUACUGAAACUGGCAAAUUUGAAAGAAUGUUUUCUACCAUGAAACCAAUGAACUCACACAAACCCAGUGCCUCAACUGUCAAAUGUUCAAAGCCUUUAAAAAAUAUUCUCAAAGUACAUAAAUUAAAUACUGUAACACCAUUGGAUGAUUUUUUAAACUUGUCAAAUAAAACUUAA